CUAACAUUUCGCAAGUUGUCGAAGGCACUUCGGCGUAUUCUACACAAAGUUGGAUUGAGAGAGAGAUCAAAUCCUAAAUCUCGGCGUCUAGGGUUUUUCGAUAUCAAUCAUCAGAACCCGGCAUGAGGCCAAUCCUGUUGCCGGAUCCACCCACUCUAUCUACCGGCGUGCCCGAGAUUUUCGAGCAAGGCGGCUCCCAGAACGUCGUCAGACGCGCCGUCGUUAUCGGAAACGGCUUCCCUGGCUCCGAGAAUCAGUGUAUCGGUCUCGCUCGCGCCCUCGGCUUGGCGCAAAAUCACCUCCUCUACCGAGUUACAAGGCCGAAAGGAGGGAUCAAUGAGUGGCUACACUGGCUCCCUGUUGGUUUUCACAAGAAGUUGGACUUUAUCCUCAGGCAUCUCUACCUCUACUCCAGGUUGAUGCUUGGUUCCAAACAAAGUAAAUACAUCGCGUCUGAGAAUGGUGGGAGUGUUGGCUUGUCCUCUAUUCUAGAGGCUGACGUCAAGAGUAUUGUCUCCAUGGCUCGUGACACCUAUGAAAAGGAUGGCCCGUUAGUAGUGAUUGCAUGUGGGAGAGAUACAGUUUCUAUUGCUAGCUCCAUAAGGCGUCUGGCUUCUGAAAACGUCUUCGUUGUUCAGAUACAACAUCCUAGAUCACACUUAAAUAGGUUUGACAUGGUGAUCACACCUCGUCACGACUACUAUCCUCUAAGCCUCGAAGCGCAAGAGCAAGUUCCUAGAUUUAUGCGUGGUUGGAUUACUCCACGUGAACCACCUCAGGAUCAUGUUGUCUUGACUACUGGAGCUCUCCACGGGAUCGAUUACGCCACACUCCGUAAAUCAGCUAGUGCCUGGCAUGAUGAGUUUGCUGCUCUUCCAAAGCCCUUAGUUGUGGUUAACGUUGGCUGGCCUAGACGUAACUGCCGUUAUGGCGCAAACCUCGCAAAGCAGUUAACAGACGCCCUUCUCAGUGUCCUUGAUAGCUGUGGAAGUGUCAGAAUCGCCCUCUCGUACAGAACCCCUGAAAAGGUUUCAAGAGUAAUUUUCAAAGAGCUAGGAGAUAACCCAAAAGUCUUCAUUUGGAAUGGCCAAGAACCAAAUCCUUACAUGGGACAUUUAGCUUGGGGUGAUGCAUUUGUAGUGACAGCAGAUUCUGUCAGUCUCAUAAGUGAAGCCUGCAGCACCGGGAAACCAGUGUAUGUUAUAGGAGCCGAUCACUGUAAAUGGAAGAUUGCAGAUUUCCACAAGUCUUUGAGGGAACGAGGAGUCGUUCGCCCAUUUACAGGUUUCGAAGACAUGUCGGAAAGUUGGAGUUAUCCGCCAUUGAAUGACACAGCAGAAGCAGCAAUGAGAGUACGGAGUGCAUUAGCUGCACGUGGAUGGAGUCUACGCUCUUGAAAACUAUCAUACGUUUUUUUGUUUAUACAAUUUAUUUCUGGAAUCACAGUUCUCGAAAGUUGUAGAGAAAGAGAAGCCUAAGACAAUCGGAUGUGCAGAAAGAAAGAAAGAAAAGGUGACGGUACCAUUUUGAAGGGUUUAUUUACGUUUCUUGUGCCCUAAAUUUUUUGCUCAUAUUACCACACAGUGAAUCUCUAUACCUCUUCUCAACUGGAGUGGUGGCUCUUUGUGAAAUAAAGAGAGUGGGAAGUUCUUUUUCCCCUUUGUAUUGA